AUGGCACCUGGAGUUACCACUACCGAGGUUGAACAGUCCUCCACGCUUAAUCCCGUCAGCCAAAAGGUUAAUGGGCCGCCUCCAACAAACCAGAAAGAGGACUCCUUUUUCGAAGAUGUUCACUUUCUAGGCGACAAGGAUGGCAAUAUUGUCAUUCGCUCUCCUCCCAAAUUUGCCAAUGUCAACGAUGAGCUCGAGUACAAGAAGCAGCACUUGGCGGCAGCAUUCAGAGUCUUUGCCAAGCAGGGCUUUGACGAGGGAGUAGCUGGCCACAUUUCACUGCGAGAUCCUCGAAACUCAGAACACUUCUGGAUCAACCCUUUGAGCAAGCACUUUUCGCAAAUCAAGGUCAGCGACCUGGUGCUGGUCAAUGAAAAGGGCGAGGUGCAGCCGGGCGGCGCUCAGUACCCAAUCAACGGUCCGGCAUUUGCUAUUCACUCGGAAAUCCACAAGGCGCGGCCCGACCUGAAUGCGGCGUGCCAUGCUCACUCGGUGUACGGAAAGGCAUUUUCAUGUUUUGGUCGCGUCAUUGAGCCAUUGUACCAGGAUGCAAUCCGCUUCUACAAUGACCUAAGCGUCUACGACGCAUACGGCGGCACCGUGGUGUCGACCGAGGAAGGGCAGCGAAUCGCCGAAGCGCUGGGCCCAAAGAAUCGCAGCAUCAUCCUACGCAACCACGGCAUCAUCACCUGCGGUAACACGGUCGAUGAGGCCGCCUUUCUCUUCAUCUCUCUCGAUCGCUGUUGUCACUCUCAGCUAUUGGCCAAUGCCGCCGCAGGUCCCGGUUGGGAAAAGGUCUAUAUCGAAAAGGAUAUUGCCGAGAUGACGCACAUGAAGAGUGGCAAUCCGAGCAAGAUGUGGUUGGCAUUUCAACCAUAUUAUGACCAGAUCGUGGCCGAGACCCCAGAUGUUUUGCAGUAG